CUCACGCACGCCUGCGUGCUAAAUUAAUGAAAACAAAAUAUCACAUUGUCUAUCACCGAAUCAUAAAUUAAAACACAAGGGAAAUACACCAGAGAGUUCCAUUUUCAAAUUAAAAGUGCUGUAGAAUGCACUUUUGUUUAUAAUUUCUCAGAAAAAUUCUGGCACGUUGGGUAUUACACAAAAUAUUUUUUAUACUAACAUCUGCAGUGGCUAGUGUUGUGUUGUUAAUGUUGAAAAUUAAAACGUAAGAGGAAAAAGUAAAGAGUGAUACAUUGAUUGUAUCCUUUAUUUUUGAAUAAAUAAAGUUAGUUCAGUAACGCAAUAAUUAGUUUGAAAAUAGUGCAACAAGUGAGCGACACGACUCUUGACAUGAUUUUAUACGAGUUGCAGAUAGAAGGUGGCGCGGGUGAAGGUCCUGGCCCCCCGGUGAACAACAACGCGGAGGGCGCAGUGGCCAGCCCCCCGCGGGAUGACAACCACAACCCCCCACAGCAACCAGCAUCGCCAAGAGCAACUCCGCUCACGCCAGCUGAAGCCCUCAAAAUGUACGGAGAGAGACUCACGGAGUGGGAGCGGAACGAGAUCAGGAAGUACCCUCAGGUGUGGUUCUUAGGGCUGGACGCCAUCAAGGUGCAGGCGCGUUCCAACUUGCCCAACAACUGCGGCUUCGACGAUGAAAACGGCAGUUAUAAUAAGCAAAUCCACGACCACAUAGCGUACAGGUACGAGAUCCUGGAAGUGAUCGGGAAGGGUUCCUUCGGGCAAGUCAUCAGGGCAUACGACCAUCGGAACGGCGAGCAGGUGGCGAUCAAGAUCAUCAGGAACAAGAAGCGGUUCCACCACCAGGCGCUGGUGGAGGUGAGGGUGCUGGACCACCUCCGGCUGAAGGACAAGGACCAAUCGCACAACGUGAUCCACAUGCUCGACUAUUUCUAUUUUAGGAAUCAUUUGUGCAUCAGCUUCGAGCUUAUGAGCAUCAACCUAUACGAGCUGAUAAAGAAGAACAACUACCAAGGGUUCAGCCUGAGCCUGAUCAGGCGGUUCGCGAGCUCGCUGCUCCGCUGUCUGCGACUCCUGGAGGCAGAGAACAUCAUACACUGCGACUUGAAGCCGGAGAACAUCCUGCUAAAAGCGCGCGGCAGUUCCUCAAUCAAGGUGAUAGACUUCGGCAGCUCGUGCUACACGGACGCCAGGGUAUACACGUACAUCCAGUCCAGGUUCUACCGCAGCCCUGAAGUCAUCCUGGGGCUUCAGUACGGCACGCCUAUUGACAUGUGGAGUAUGGGGUGCAUUCUGGCCGAGCUGCACACGGGCUACCCACUGUUCCCCGGGGAGAACGAGGCAGAACAGCUCGCGUGCAUCAUGGAGCUACUCGGCCCGCCGCCGCCUGACCUUCUCAUACAUGCCACCAGGAAGAGGCUUUUCUUUGACUCGAAGGGCUCGCCGCGCACGGUGACUAACUCGAAGGGUCGCAAGCGGCGGCCCGGCUCCAGGACCCUUGCGUCCGCCGUCAGGACAGACGACCCCGCCUUCCUGCAUUUCCUGCACAGGUGUCUGGAGUGGGAUCCAAAGCGUCGCAUCACGUCGACAGAGGCCACGCGACACGAGUUCGUUACGGGGUGUCCACUGGGCGCUGCACCGGCGCUGGCGCUGCCACGGCUGGCGCCUCGGCCGACGCGCGGCGCCCUGCUCCACUCGCAGUCCGCGGGCGACGUCGCCGCGAUGCUGGGCCGCGCGUGACCAGCCCCGCGCCCCUGAGCCAGGCCUGGCUCCACUACAUGACUUUACGUGCUUGGUUCUAUCCUGUGAACUUUAGUGUUGGUUCUUGAAACGGCUUCAUUUGUUUUAGAUCGAAUAAAACUGGAUAUUAAUGCAAGCGAAAUAUACUUGGUAGACGGCAAGGAUAUUUGGUAGGUAUCCAUUAAUCUCACUAACCAAUCGAAGCCCAACAACAAACAAUAUAUCAAUUUUAUAUUAGAGACGAACCAGGUCCAGCCAGCUCAAUCAUAUUAUAACAAACAACGAUUUGACUCUACCACUCCUAAACCUACUAUAAUCGAUAUAUUAUUGUGUAAACAACUUGGUAGUAAUAAUGAUAUCUCAGUAAA